AUGGCAGAAACCACUGGCGGCGCCCGGCUCGGGCCCGUUCGGACCCUCAGGGUGAAGAUGGUCCUUCUGGGGAGCUCUGGAGUGGGGAAGUCCAGCCUGGCUCUGAGGUUCAGCAGAGACCAGUUUAGGAACACGUCUCCGACUGUCGGCUGUGCGUAUUUGACCCGAGUGUUGCAUUUAGGUGACGUCACGUUCCGUCUGGAAAUCUGGGACACGGCGGGUCAGGAGAAGUACCACAGCGUGACCCCGCUGUACUACCGAGCAGCGCACGCUGCACUCGUGGUCUACGACAUCUGCAAACGGGAAACCUUCCUCCGAGCCCGGCUCUGGAUCAGAGAGCUGCAGAAACACUACGUCCCCGGAUCCACCGUGCUCUGGCUGGUGGGCAACAAGGCAGACCUGGACCAGGACCGGCAGGUUUCGGCUCAGGAGGGACAGAAUGUAGCCGAAGAGGACGGCCUGUCCUUCACAGAGACGUCAGCUCUGUCGGGAGACCAGAUCAACCAGUUGUUGUUGGAUGUGGUCCACAGGGUCCAUGAGUGCGUGGGGGGGCAGCAGGAGGUUCUGUCAUUGUGGCAGGAGGUGCCGCUCGUCGACCCAAAACACGGAAGCUCCUUCAAUCGGUUCUCCUCCUGCUGUAGAGCCGGGCCCUGA